UACGUUAUGUACGUGUAGUGUUGAUAUACGUAAAACUCACCCCUACGAAAGUUUGUCAAGGCGUAUUCAAAUGAGUAAGAAUAUACGUGAACCCCAAACUAUCAUUUGUUUCACCACUUAGUUUUGUUUUUAUAGAGCAAAGCCACACAGUAGACUAUUUGAGCUAUGUUCAAAAUGGGGCAUUGAACCCUGGAUUUCAGCGUUGCUAGUCAGUAAACUUACCGCUGACCACAAUUUAUCAUUGAGUUAUACCAAUUUCGGAAAUCCCAGCCCUCAUCAGAAACACUUAAAAUUGUAUUUAAACUGCAACACGUAGCCAGCGAAUACCAGUAGAUCCGAGAAGUGGGUUGCUAUGUGCUUGUAGUGCGAACUGGUACACAGCAACUUUAGUGACGUAAGCAUAAUCAUCGCUUUUCGUAACGAAUCAAGCACCACGUGGAAGGUGAUGCUAUACACGACAUCAGAUUACAGGUUUGCCGAUCUACUAUUAUUCAGAGAAGUUAUUAUUGCCCCACAAAUUGCAUAUUGUAAUAAAAAAAAUGAUGUUUCAUACUAAUGCAUGUUAUACGUUCAUUCGAAGCGAUAACGUGUAUAUAUACCUUAUCGAGUGGACUUAGUAAUCAAACGUUAUAUUGCCACACAGAGGGUGGCGGAUUUUCCUACAUUUUACCUGACUUUCGCACGAACUAUGGAUGCCUCUGGCAGAACAAUAGGCAAAUGACAGGAUGUAAACUACAGUUACGUUAUGAUCCAGAGAACCGGGGAGAAAUCGAGGCCACCCCCCACUCCCCCAACCUUCCGUUUGUUACAAGGGGUCUUUCCCCGUUUUUCUAAACGUAAAUACGAUACUGGAAAUGUGUUGUGUACAAGCCGACAACCGGGGAGGGACAAAAGUAUAAAAGCCUUAGAGGAAACAGUGUCAGGGUCACAGCAAUAUUUAGAGUGGGUAAAAUCUGACGGUGGCCUCAUUCGGAGAAAAAGGUCUAAAAACAUUCCAGAGCCGAAGUCCGUUUUGAAAGUAAGCGAGCUGAAUAGUGCGUGUUGCAGAAGACAGCUAAGGAACAUCUUGAUUGAUUUCAAAAGACAGGUUUGUGAUUGUGAUCAGUUCAAAUAUCUGAACAGUACUUCCGGAUCCUCUUUAAAUAGCACAGCGAGCUUAAUUAGCAAGAGAUUGGGGACUUUAACCAAACACUUCACACCCGUUACCUCACGUAAUGAUAACCAGUACAGUCCCAGCUUUUACACAGUGCAGGAUUCUUUAAGUCAAGACUCCGGAUUUGUCAGUAUGCUUGUUGAAGGGCAGGUUCCCACUGGAGUUUCUCAUUUUAAGGUUGGAGAACUUAUCCACAAAGACAUUAUGGUAAAGGACGAACCUUCUUGUGACCUCCACAAGUCCAUGUUUGGUCAAGCGAUGGAGACUUUACACUCGAAUUCGUGUUUUGAACGGACAUUAAAGUUAUCUAGAGAACAGUGUAUCGCAGAACCCGUCUUAAUGAAGAACGGAUUUUAUCUCGAAGAGCCAAAAAACCUUGAUGUUCUGUACUGUAUGAUAGCAGAUGAGGAUGGAGACAGAAUGGAAGCCCCUAAUCCAGAGCUAUUUUACACCCUAGUAAAACAAGCUGCUGACACUUUAUAUUUACAGAAUGGAAGCCCUAAUCCAGAGCUAUUUUACUCCCCAGUAAAACAAGCUGCUCACACUUUAUCUUUACAGCAUGGAAGCCCUAAUCUAGAGCUAUUUUACACCCCAGUAAAACAAACUGCUAACACUUUAUAUUUACAGAAUGGAAGCCCUAAUCCAGAGCUAUUUUACACCCCAGUAAAACAAGCUGCUGACACUUUAUAUUUACAGAAUGGAAGCCUUAAUCCAGAGCUACUUCACACCCCGGUAAAACAAGCUGCUGACACUUUAUAUUUACAGAAUGGAAGCCCUAAUCCAGAGCUAUUUUAUACCCCAGUAAAACAAGUUACUGAAACUUUAACUUUACAGAAUGGAAGCCCUAAUCCAGAGCAAUUUUACUCCCCAGACAGGAAUGAUGUAAUUUAUAAAAGUAUGAUUUUGUAUUUUCAGACCCCGUUGCACUUAGCCGUUAUUGUUGGUAACCAACAUCUUGUUGAAAUCUUAUUGGAAGAAGGUGCUUGUGCAAAGUCACGAGAUCGUUAUGGUAAUACGUCCUUACACUUAGCAGUCAAGUAUAAUAGAUUGGAGUGCUUACGUAUUCUUCUGAAACACAAGCAAGUACAUGAAGUUCGAAAUUUAAGGAAUUAUGAUGGGUAUUCUGCAUUACAUCUCGCUGUCACAAACAAUUCUUCUGCUUCAAUCAAAUAUUUAGUCAAGGCCCACUGUGAUAUUGAUAUGCAGGAUGGCAAGAGUGGAAGAACACCGUUAUUCCAUGCUGUGAUGAACAACAACAAACCAAUUGUUCGGCUUUUAUUGAAACUUGGGGGUUCACCGGGUGCUCCCGAUUUUUCUGGUGUAUCUCCACUCGAGGCAGCUGUACUGAACAACAACAAAGACAUAAUGGAAAGUAGCAGCUUUACCAAUCAUUCCAGGCAAAUUUUAGUGUGUGGAAAGGAAAAUUUAAUAAGAAAACAAAGAAGAAAACUUGAAGAAGAAUUAUAUAGUAGUAAAUGAAUGGGAGAAGCAUUAAUGUCAAAACAUGACACAUUAAAAAAUAAUCAGUUCUCAAAGAAUGUGGUGUAAAUGAAAGAGAUUACCUCAUGGUCUCAAAGUAAGUAAGGGAAGAUCUUACUGAACAGUGUAGUCUUGAGGAAAUAUACUGAAACAGGGUAUUCUACUAAUAAGAGAGUUUAGUAUAACAAAAUAAUACAAACUCAAUGAUGCAUGAUGUGUUGUUAUACUUGCUUGGAUCUACUAAUCUAUUACGUAUGAACGUCAUGCAAGUGUAUAGCAUACUUUAAGUGUUACUUGUCAUUGCAUGUUUAUUUAAUUGAUGUUGUUAGUAAGAUAGACGUUGAUUCAAUGCAUUACUAUAGUUAAGAUGUCAAUUCUUAAACGAUGGCAUACGUUAUUAUUAAUUUACUAAAUCCAAUAAACUGAUAUGUGUUUUAUAAAGUG